CUCUUUUCCAUUUCUGGGCUCUUUUCACUUGAAUCUACGUCAAUUCUUUAAUUUGAAGUCCUAAGGACAACUGAACUACCCAGAAUGUCUGGUAUCUUGCCAAUGCCGGGUGCGUGGGACAGCGCGUGGGACAGCCCUACAGAAAUAGCACCUAGCAGUGAUGUUCCUGUCCCUCCUUCUUCCGGACCACGCCCCUCUGGUUCAACCAGGCAGCGUCCUUCAGGCGUGCCUUCCCCGAGUAGCACUCCAAGUCGCGAAGUUCCUCGGCAGCCCAGAGCUCAAAACCCUUUCAGAAGACCAACCCGCGAAGUCCCUGCCGCGAGAGCAUCUGGCGGCGAAGAGAUCAAACGUCCCAUCGUGGUAGCGGUCUUUGGCCAGGCGGGCACUGGAAAAACAUCCUUCAUAAAGGCUGUGACUGGAAUGGAUCUUGAAGUAGGGCAUAAUCUUGCGUCGUGUACUGACGCUGUCCUCCAAGUACCUUGCACAAUCGAAAACGAAAAUGUUGUCCUCGUUGACACUCCGGGCUUCAGCGACACGCACCUCAGUGAUACAGAGAUCCUAAGAAUGAUCGCUGAAUGGAUGAAGGACACAUAUGAUGAAGGAUUCCUCUUAUCAGGAAUUAUUUAUCUCCAUCGAAUCAUCGAUGUUCGCAUGGAAGGGCCAAAUCUCAAGAACCUGCGGAUGAUGAAGCAACUAUGCGGGGCAGACUCGUUACAAAAUGUGGUCUUGGCCACUACAAUGUGGGAGAAAGUGACAAUAGAGGAAGGAUUGAGACGCGAGGCAGAGUUGGAGCAAACGUAUUGGAAGGACUUGAUUGAUGGUGGUGCUACCGUUGCGAGAAUAACGACACAGUCUGGGAACGAAGCUCAAUCCCUGGUCAAGUCAUUGCUGAAGAACACCCCAACAUCAACCCGGCUCCAGGAUGAGCUUAAUAGCGGUCUAACUCUCGUCCAAACUGCAGCGGGUAUAGAAAUCAGGGAGGAGAUGGCAAAACUUGAGCAAAAGUUGAAAGCAGAGCACCAGGUCGAAAUUGAGGAAUUGAGGAUAGCUCAAGAUAACCGUAAGAAAUGCAUUUCUAUUACAUAUCCCAACGAUGCAUCCUGACUCAGAAACAU